CUCUCCACCCCCCAAUGCAUCAUUGCCGCAAACCUGUCUCUGCCAUGUUUGUACCGUCGUCGUGGGGAGAGACUGCUACUGUAUAGACGCUAUUCCACACUACUCCGUUUGUUAGCUAUCAUAAUGUUGACGUUCUGAGUAUUAAAUGCACCCACUGCUUCUGUAAACAUUAAGCGGUUGGGCUUUGCACAAUGGCAGCCGACGCUCAGGACUUUGACUUUGAUGAGUAUGACAAACCUGGUGCCGAGCGUUCCCGCAGAAGAAGAGGUGGAGAAGAUGCUCUGGAGAGUGAUUUGGAAGAGGAUUUGUUGGAGGAAGACUGGCUGUCUGCUAAAAAGAAUCCUUCAGAAAUGUCAGAUGAAGAGCUAAAUGACGACCUUCUUCAAAGUGACGAUGACGACCUAAACACGAGUGGUCAACAUGCUUCAUACAGCAUGGGAGCUUCCUAUGACCAGCAGGGCAACUUGCAGGAAGCAGACUACACAGAUGAUGUCGUGAACCUGGGUGCAGAGGGCUGCGAAGAGGAGGAGGAGGAGUUCCGCCAAGAGGAAGAGGCGUACGCAGGAUCCUACAACCAGGAGGACAACACAGAGAUGUCUGGGAACCAAAUUGAUUACGGCGGAGAGCCAGCCGAGGGUGACGAUGGUUACCAGUAUGAAGUGCUAGACAUCGACAUCAACGAGACAUUAGACGGUGAAUUUCAAAAUGAGGAAUUUCAAAGAUCCAAUGGCAAUGAAGCAGAAACGACUCGGGAGGAAAACGCUGAGGAGGGAAGAAGAGGAGAGCAGCAAGAAGAAGACGCUACAGAGGAACCUCCAGUCUAUGAGACAGAGGAGGGUGGGAAUAAGACUCUUCUUGAGGAUGAAACGCAGGAGGAAUCUGAUGAAGAGGACGAAGAAGGUGCAGAAUCCGGCAGAAUACGGUUUAAAUCUGAGAGGAAGGAUGGCGCUGUUGUGCGCCUGGCGGAUUCUGGCAGUAAAAAACGGCACAUCCCUGAAACUCUAGAGCUUUCAGACAAGGCCAAGAAAGACUUGAUGGAGUUUGAGGUGCAGGAGCGGCAGAAGAGACAAAACCGUCAAGGAGGCCGAGGCAGAGGAGCAGGAAUGGGAGGAGGGGGGCGAGGAGGCAGAGGAAGAGGAGGUUUCUCUGGCUUUGGAAUGGCAGAUUUUAGAGGAGGACAAAGAAGAAAAAUGCAUGACCAAACGCUGCCCCUGAUGGGAAACAUGUGCAUACAGCAGCCGUCCUCUCGAAUGCCUUCCCCGCAUCAGCAGCAUCUGCAGUCCCAUCAGCACCACCCUUCGCGUCCAAGAGGACCACUUCCCUUCCAGGAGCACGGACGCCCCAUUCCCCAGCAGGCUCUUCAGCCGCUGCUCCCCUCUCACCUGGCUCAUCGCUCCCCACCGCUACGACCCCAGCUGGAACAACCCCCACCUCGAAUGAUGAGUUCCCCGCCGCCUAGUUUCCCUCAGCAUCACCAGCAACAGCCCGCUCAACCCAAAAACAUCCACAUUAACCCCCACUUCAGAGGACCUGCACAGUCCUCUGUACAAAUGCCCUUGAUGCCUCCUGCUCAGAGCCAGUCCAGACCUGCUGUGGGUCCUCAGAGGUUUCCUGGUCUGGGAGACUUCCAGCAGCACAUGCCGGGUAAUUUUGGUCCACCUCAGCGACCGCCUCAUCACAUGGAGCCCUUAAGGAACCAGCCACCUCAGGGCCCUCAGGACAGGGAGCCUCUCUUUAUAGGAGAGUGCGGAGAUUCAUCGCGGUUUCCAGGUCAGCACAUGUUUGAUCACCCGGGGCCCGGCUCUUUGAUGAACAGCGGCAACAACCUCCACCACCACCAGCAGCAGCUGCCUGGACAGGCCCACAUGGGCUUCGGCCCUCCUGGAGCGCCCUUCAACCAGCCAGGCCAGGGCCCGUUAGGACUGUUCCAGAGAGAACCCCCGAGACCCAACCUCCCUCCCCACCAAGGCCACCAGGGAAUGGCGAACCUGAAUCAACAAGGUGGUCCCCCAAACCAGCCCCGGCCUUUCAUGAGCCCUCGGCAGCCAUUCGGCCAGCAGGGCAACAUGUUCCCCCCUCCACCAGUUCAGUUUGGGAUGCAGGUACAACGAAGAGGCUUGAUCCACACCCCUCCUGUCUCCCAGCUGCCACAUCACGAUCCUUUAUCUCCCCAUCCCAUACAUCAGCAGCAGCACCACCACCACCAUAGGCAAGAGAUGCCCCAUCAGCAGCACCAACAGAUAAAUCUCAAUGAGCCUCGCUCCAUGACACAUCAUGGUCAAAAUCCUUUCCAUCAGCAGCAGGGGCAUGGUGGCCCCAGGCACAUGAAUCCCCGUUCUCAGAACCCCCCACAGAGGAACAUGUCAAACAGGCAGAGAAUGAACACGCCCAUCUCCAAGCCAAUGCAGCACCGCAACAGCAACCUACGGGAGCUCCCUGUAGCACCUGCUAACACAAACAUGAACAGUUCCUCCCCCGCUGCCAACAUCAACCCUGUUGCCAGGACAACGCCGGGAAUGCGUCCGGGGCAGAACGCUCAGCCAGCGUAUGGCGGUGGCAGAGGAAGAGGCCAAGCUGCGAAGCCUGAGCCACAGGCUGGGGAAGCAGGCAGGGUGGUGACUCAACAACAGGAAACUCCAAACACACCGUCCAGCUCAAUACCACAGGACCCUGACGAAGACGAGGAGACGCGGCAGUACCGUCUGAAGAUCGAGGAGCAGAAGCGUCUGAGAGAGGAGAUCCUGAAGAGGAAGGAGCUGCGGCGGCAGAUGCAGGCUGGUGUCAGGAAGAAGGAGCUGCUGGAGAGACUUAACGCUCAGACAAACACACAAAACCAGGACUCUACUCCUACACAGACUCAACCUUCACUACCAAAUCAGCAAAAGCAGCACCCUGUACCACAGCAAGUAAUACCACUGCAGCAACAACAGCAACAGCAGCAGCAGCAAGAACAAAACCUGCAACAACUACAGGCUCACCAGCAGCAGAGGCCGGUUCCUCAGAGGCCACAACAGUCAGUAAAUCACACAUUAACUAAUCCUAAUCAGGACAGUGCCAUGCCUCCUAGCGUUCCUGCUCUGAUCCCUGCCCCACGCCCCAACGUCAAGUCACGCCUGCAGAUGGUAAAAGGGAGCCCUCAGGAGCAGCAGCAGACCCCCGGCUCAGGUCCUGAGCAGCAGUGGAAGCAGCAGCAGCAGCAGCAGCAGCAGCCGCCACUUCAGCAACAAAGAAGAAACAGCUCUUUGCAGAGUGCAAACAAACCGGGUGCUCAAGUUCCUCAAAAGAACAUCCCUCCUUCAGUGAGGCAAGGCCCAGCUCAGACUCUAGGGCCUAAACCUGGGGCGAAGAGAACUGUGAUGCAGCGAGUGAAAAAUUCAGGUGUGGAAGCCCAGCAGGUGCCACAGAAAGUCAGAGUCGUCAAACUUUCAGGACCGGUUGUCGUGUCGGGCCGGGGUCGAGGUAGAGGGGCCGGUCCGAUGGGACGGGGUCACCCGCUGCCCACCAGGCAGAGCCAGAGAGAAGCGGAGAAAGAACCCAGCACUGUGUGCAUCGAGGGCCUCUCCACAUCUACCACUGAGUUUCAGCUCAAGAACCUCCUCAUGUCCAUCGGCCCCAUAGAGAUGUUCAAAAUGAUGCCGCAGCAGAGAAAAGCUAUUGCCAAAUUUUCCAAUCCCCAGCAUGCUGCGAGUUUCCAAAUGAGCUUCCAUAGGCACAUGAUUGAUUUGUCCCACAUUGAUGUGUCGCUGACUGAUGGCUGAGGAGCUCAGCAGAUUCACCAAAGGGUCUCUUUCUCCUGCUGUGGUCGGGAGUCUCUCGUGCAAAGCUCUGCUCCACAUGGGUACAGGAUUGUUUCUUCAACGCACUCGUCGUCUCGCCACAGAUUUCAUCAUUCGUCUCCCUCCGGCUUGGACAAGUGAACACACAAAGACAAUAACCGUGUGCAUGCAUGUGUUUGAUUCUGCCUGCCAAGUGGCUGUAGUUUUAAAAUAGCAUUGAAGAGACACUAAACAGUGAAUCAUCCCUCGAUGUUUGAACUUUCUUUUCCCCCCCAACCCCCAUCUCAAAAGGACACGGUAAAAUCUAUCAUGGGAUAAUUAAUGGUUGCUACCCUCUUCAUUGAGUUAUCUAUAAUAAACUUAAAAAGACACUUGAUUAUUAUUCAGCUUUAAACACCUCAUGGUGUGUUUAUUUUAUGCUUCGGUUUCAUGCAGGGAGAAGUCAUUUUUACUCCCUCGCUGUAGAUGGCAGUAUUUUAUCUCUUUCGUUGCAUUGUUGGUUUCAGCCUAAGCUUAUUCCUCAGGUUGUUUUUGUUUUUUUUUGGCCAAUGGCGCCAUCUAGUGGGGAUGUUUCAUGCAGGG